AGAAGGAGGCUGGGAAGAAGACAUUCUGAGAGAGAGAGAGAAAAGAGAAAAGAAGAGGGAAUGGAAAACGAGAGGGAGAGGGAGAGGAAAUGAGAGAGAAAGGAGAGAGGACUGCUUUAUAGCUGCUAAGAUUGCAGACAGAAAUAGCACACAACCACCGUGAGCUGUAUGCGACUCAGAAACCAAGACUAAAUUGUAUUCACUUUUCUUAAUCAGUUGCUCAGAAAGAAAGAGAUGACAUCUGGUCCUGUCUUCUUCUACAUCUUGAUUUUUGGAAAAUAUUUUUCUCAUGGCAGUGGACAGGAUGUCAAGUGCUCCCUCGGCUAUUUCCCCUGCGGGAAUAUCACCAAGUGCCUGCCUCAGUAUCUUCACUGUAACGGAGUGGAUGACUGUGGGAACCAGGCCGACGAGGACAACUGUGGAGACACCAAUGGAUGGAUUUUCCAAAUUGAGAAAUAUUUUGUCAGUUACAACAGAACGGCCUUUCCAUAUCUCUUUGGGCCAGAAACACCAAAAUGCUCAGUCGGUUCUGUGCCCAGGAAAUGUGUUUGCCAAGGUUUACAGCUGGACUGCAAUGAAGCCAAAUUACGAGCUGUUCCAUCAGUUUCUUCAAAUGUGACUUCAAUGUCGCUUCAGAAGAACUUAAUAAGAAAACUUCCUCCUAAUGCCUUCAAGAAGUACCAUGAUCUUCGGAGACUGUUCCUGCAAAACAAUAAGAUUAGAUCCAUAUCCAUCCAUUCUUUCAGAGGACUGUACAAUCUUACUAAACUGUAUCUUAGUCAUAACAGAAUAACCUUCUUGAAGCCUGGUGUUUUUGAAGAUCUCCACAAACUAGAAUGGCUGGUAAUUGAGGAUAAUCACCUCAGUCGAGUUUCCCCACUAACAUUUUAUGGACUAAAUUCUCUUAUGCUCUUGGAGCUGAUGAAUAAUGCCCUCACCCAUUUGCCUGACAAACCUCUUUGCCAGCACAUGCCCAGACUGCACUGGCUGGACUUUGAAGGCAACCAUAUCCAUAAUUUAAGAAAUUUGACUUUUAUCUCCUGCAGUAGUUUAACUGUUUUAGUAAUGAAGAAAAAUGAAAUUAAUGACCUAAAAGAAAAUACUUUUGCACCUCUCCAGAAACUAGAUGAAUUGGAUUUAGGAAAUAAUAAGAUUGAAAAUCUUUCACCGCAUGUAUUUAAGGAUCUGAAGGAGCUCUCAAAAUUGAAUCUUUCCUAUAACCCAAUCCAGAAAAUUCAAGCAAACCAAUUUGAUUCUCUUGUCAAACUCAAGUCUCUCAGCCUAGAAGGAAUUGAAAUUUCAAAUAUCGAACAAAGGAUGUUCAGGCCACUUAUGAAUCUCUCUCACAUCUAUUUUAAGAAAUUCCAGUACUGUGGAUAUGCACCACAUGUUCGCAGCUGUAAACCAAACACCGAUGGAAUCUCAUCUCUGGAGAACCUCUUGGCAAGCAUCAUUCAGAGGGUGUUCGUCUGGGUUGUGUCCGCAGUUACAUGCUUGGGAAACAUCUUUGUCAUUUGUAUGCGACCCUAUAUCAGGUCUGAGAACAAGCUGCAUGGCAUGUCAAUCAUAUCUCUCUGCUGUGCUGACUGCCUAAUGGGAAUAUAUUUAUUUGUGAUUGGAGCCUUUGACCUAAAGUUUCGUGGAGAAUACAAUAAGCAUGCACAGCUGUGGAUAGAAAGUUUUCAUUGUCAGCUUGUGGGAUCUUUGGCCAUUCUCUCUACAGAAGUAUCAGUAUUACUUUUAACAUUUCUGACAUUGGAAAAAUAUAUCUGCAUCGUGUAUCCUUUUAGAUUUUUAAGACCUAGAAAAUGCAGAACAAUUACAGUGCUGAUUCUCAUUUGGAUUAUUGGGGUUAUAGUGGCUUUCAUUCCAUUGAUCAAUAAGGAAUUUUUCAAAAAUUACUAUGGAAGCAAUGGAGUAUGUUUCCCUCUUCAUUCAGAAGAUACAGGAAGUACUGGAGCCCAGAUUUAUUCAGUGACAAUCUUUCUUGGUAUUAACUUGGUGGCAUUUAUCAUCAUAGUUUUUUCCUAUGGAAGCAUGUUUUACAGCAUUCAUCAAAGUGCCAUAACAGCAACUGAAUUACGGAAUCAAGUUAAAAAAGAGAUGAUCCUUGCCAAACGGUUUUUCUUUAUUGUAUUUACUGAUGCAUUAUGCUGGAUACCCAUUUUUGUACUGAAAUUUCUUUCAUUGCUUCAGGUAGAAAUACCAGGUACCAUAACCUCUUGGGUAGUGAUUUUUAUUCUGCCAAUCAACAGUGCUUUGAACCCAAUUCUCUAUACUCUGACUACAAGACCAUUCAAAGAAAUGAUCCAUCAGUUUUGGAAUAACUACAGACAAAGAAGAUCUAUCGGCAGCAAAAGAAGUCAGAAGACGUAUGCUCCAUCAUUCAUCUGGGUAGAAAUGUGGCCGCUGCAAGAGAUGCCACCUACGUUAAUGAAGCCAGCUCUUUUCACAGACUCCUAUGAAUUAUCACUAAUUUCUCAAUCAACUAGACUCAAUUCCUAUUCAUAACUGAUUCUGAACCCCACUGGGGUGCUUGAAAGUAGAUUUAUUAGUAUAAAGCAAAUACCACAAAAUUAAUAAUUUAUAUUAAUGGCUAAAAUAAAU